AUAAAUCAAGUGCGGUGGUAUGAAGCUUUCACUGCUUUGCUUUGGGGCGGUUUUUGUGGUGGCGGUCUGUUUCCAAGAGCGGCAGUGUGCAGUUUGUUCAAUGGGGCCGGAAAUCGUGAGCAGAGACGACUGGGGAGCUCGAGACCCCCUUUUACGCGAAAACAUGACCAAUCCAGUGCCUUUCGUUGUGAUCCACCACAGUUACAUGCCGGCCGCCUGCUACACCCAGGAGGGCUGCAUCGAGGCCAUGCAGUGGAUGCAGGACCUUCACAUGAUAAACAACUCCUGGAACGAUAUCGGCUACAGUUUUGCGGCUGGAGGCGAUAAUCGAGUCUACGUGGGUCGGGGAUGGUCGUCGGUAGGCGCCCAUGCCCCCGGCUACAACAAUCGAAGCAUUGGCAUCUGUGUAAUAGGCGACUGGAAUGACCGCCUUCCUGCAGAGAGCCAGCUACAAGCGGUCAAGCAACUGAUCAACAUGGGAAUAAGGAACGGUUUCAUCCAGGAAAAUUACAAGCUGAUCGGACACCGACAAGCACGAGACACGGAAUGUCCAGGAGAUGCUCUUUACAGUGAAAUCCAAACGUGGUCCCACUGGAGUGAAGACCCGACGCUCGACAUAAACUCCAGCCUGGCUAAGGAAGGACUGCAACCAGAUCCCCGAGACAUCCAAGACACGCCAGAGGAGCACAACGCAGUGAAAAGACAAAGCAACGCCAUCAAACUGUAGAUGUUCCCAAAUAAACGCUGGCUGAAUCGAAA